AUGGAAAUUCCAAAAAGUAGGAAACAAAACAAUGGACCAUGUGUUAUUUGUGGAGUAAGAGAUUCUGAGAUAAAAUAUCGAAAAUUUACAGAAGAUGCUAAAGAAAAAGCUUUAAGGAACAAUAAUUUAGAUCUAACCUGGAAGUUAAAUAUUACUCAGUUUUGUCAAGUACAUUAUAUGAGCCAUAUCAUGAAUGAGUACAAAAAAAAUGAUGGUGAUAUAGAGGAUGUAGACAUGAUGACUGAUGAUAUAGAAGAUGUAGAUGUGAUUAGUGAACAUACAUUUAAGGAUAAAUUGAAUGAUGGUGAAAAAAUCUAUGAAAUUGAUUUCAUUAAUAGUGUUAAAUCAAUGGUAAAAAUAUUUCUUAAGAGAGAAAAAAAAGAAGAUAAACCACCAAUCUAUGAUUGGACAUUGCUUCGUGAAAGCUUGGAAUCUGAAGAUGAUAAACUCAUACCUUUUUUAAAUAUGCUUGAGAAGUUAAUUAAUCCAAAUGAUAGGAAUCUUGCAGAACAAACAAUCACACAGCGGCAGAAAGGCCUGUCUUUUUUAUGUUAUUUUCUUGCAGGAAUUGGAAAUAAACAAAUUAGUGCCAUAAGAAAGGAUAUAGCAAUGUUUUUAGAUCAGUCUGGUACUACAAACCAAGCCAUUGACACCUUUUCUAGUAUUCAAUUAAGUUCAUCAUCAAGAGAAAAUAGACGUGAAAAGAAUGCUAUAGCCUUGAUUCAUAAAGAAAAUGUUGCUAAAGAGCUCUCAAAUUAUCAGGACAAUGCAAUUAAUGUAAAUGUUGAUGAUUACCACAAUAUUCAUGGAUUACGAAUGCCUACAACCACAUCUACUAGUGAUGUUUAUCAUAUGACAACCAUCCUUGCUAUUCCAAUACCUGAAGCAAGAGCUGUUCCAAAUGAUGCUAUACAUAACCCAUUACUCAUUGAUUGUGACUCUUUAAUUUUCCAAAUAGAAAAUCGUUACAUGUCUUUACUUUCCCAAUCAUAUAACAAUAGGUUUGCAAAUCAACUUACUCUUUCUGAAGAUGACUUAUUUGAUAGUCUUGUUUCUUAUUGUUAUGAUGCUGAGAUUCAUGAAAAAAAGGAGGAGCGGCAGCUUAAAAACACUUUACUAAUAGAUUUUAUCCAUCUAGAAUUGAAAUCUGCUCAAUCAUAUAUUGAAGCCAUGAAGUAUCCUUAUUGCAAAAAAGAUUUAAUAGGAUUAACAGACAAGGCAUCUUGUUUUCUCCUUGAACUAUUCACUAAAGUCAAAAACAAUGUAGGAAAAA